AUGAGUCUUCUUAUGAUUAGUGAGAAUGUAAAGUUGGCCCGUGAAUAUGCAUUGCUGGGAAAUUACGACUCUGCAAUGGUCUAUUAUCAGGGAGUUCUUGACCAAAUGAACAAGUAUCUGUACUCAGUCAAAGAUACAUACCUCCAGCAGAAAUGGCAACAGGUUUGGCAGGAAAUAAACGUGGAAGCGAAACACGUUAAGGAUAUCAUGAAAACACUAGAGAGCUUUAAACUAGACAGCACUCCAUUAAAAGCUGCACAACACGAGCUUCCAGCAUCUGAGGGAGAAGUCUGGUCCUUGCCCGUACCUGCCGAACGAAGACCAUCACCAGGACCUAGAAAACGCCAGUCUUCUCAGUAUAGCGACCCUAAACCACAGGGUAACCGUCCAAGUACAGCGGUCAGAGUUCACCGUCCAUCCACACACAAUCUUCAUAAUGACAGAGGGAAAGCUGUUCGUAGUCGGGAAAAGAAAGAACAGAAUAAAGGCAGAGAGGAAAAGAACAAAUCACCUGCUGCAGCUGCAGAACCGGAGACAAAUAAAUUUGAUAGUACCGGGUAUGAUAAGGACUUAGUAGAAGCUUUGGAAAGGGAUAUAAUUUCUCAGAAUCCCAAUGUUCGAUGGGAUGAUAUUGCUGAUUUAGUAGAAGCUAAAAAGUUGCUUAAGGAAGCUGUGGUGUUACCAAUGUGGAUGCCAGAAUUCUUUAAAGGCAUUAGGAGACCAUGGAAAGGAGUGUUAAUGGUGGGCCCACCUGGCACAGGAAAGACCCUCCUUGCUAAAGCAGUAGCAACGGAAUGUAAGACAACAUUCUUCAAUGUCUCUUCAUCAACUCUGACUUCCAAAUACAGAGGAGAGUCUGAGAAGCUUGUUCGUCUUCUGUUUGAAAUGGCUCGAUUUUACUCUCCAGCUACUAUAUUUAUUGAUGAGAUAGACUCCAUCUGCAGCCGCAGAGGGACUUCUGAAGAGCACGAGGCAAGCAGAAGGGUGAAGGCCGAGCUGCUGGUUCAGAUGGACGGUGUUGGAGGUGCUUCUGAAAAUGAUGACCCUUCCAAAAUGGUUAUGGUUCUGGCAGCUACUAAUUUUCCCUGGGAUAUUGAUGAGGCUUUAAGACGACGUCUUGAGAAAAGAAUCUAUAUUCCAUUACCAUCAGCAAAAGGCAGGGAGGAGCUAUUACGAAUAAGUCUCCGUGAGCUGGAAUUGGCUGAUGAUGUUGACCUUGCAAGUAUAGCAGAAAAUAUGGAGGGUUAUUCAGGUGCGGACAUUACCAACGUGUGCAGGGAUGCAUCCUUGAUGGCAAUGAGAAGGCGUAUUGAAGGUUUGACCCCGGAAGAAAUCAGAAAUCUUUCAAGAGAAGAAAUGCACAUGCCUACAACUAUGGAGGAUUUUGAAAUGGCUUUAAAAAAGGUUUCAAAGUCAGUGUCUGCUGCAGACAUUGAAAGAUAUGAGAAAUGGAUAUUGGAGUUUGGAUCAUGCUAA